AGGGCAGCGCAUCAUUUAUCGUUUCUGUUUUAUGGCGACAACGUGGCUCAGCCCAGCAGCCGAUUGUCUCCAUCUCCACAACCGUCCACCGUCCAUCGUGUCGUGUCGCGUCGUGUCGCAUCGUGUCUAAAUUACACCUGUUCUGAAAUCAGUGCAAAAAGUUACAUAUUUUACGGUUCGUUUUGUGUUUUGUACUUUCGAUAAAAUUCCAAAAGCCCUACAAAGCAAUUUGUGCUGCUUGCUACUUGUCCCUUAACCCAUUAUGUGCUGGGGGGAGUAAUUAAAGGAAAAGUAACUAAAAAGAAACGAUAAUGAGCGGGGAUAACGGUAAAAACGGUCAAAUCCAGGAGCCAAAAGACUCCAAAACGAUUUCGAAAUCGGAAGAAGGCGCAAAGAAUGCGGCCCCCGUUCCGUAUCCCAAGUCGGUGGCCUUCAUCAUCAGCAAUGAGUUCUGUGAGCGAUUCAACUACUAUGGCAUGCGCACCAUCCUGGUGCUGUACCUCACCAACAAGCUGGGCUACAACGAGGAGACCUCCACCGUGCUCUUCCACAUCUUCACCAUGCUGGUCUACAUCUUUCCCCUGAUCGGAGCUCUCAUCGCCGACGGAUGGCUGGGAAAGUACAAGACCAUAUUGUACUUGUCGCUGGUCUACAGCCUGGGCGCCAUGGUGGUGUCCUUUGGCGCCAUUCCCCUGCCUGGAAUGCCCACCAACUCGGUCACCAUUGUGGGCCUCCUGCUGAUCGCCAUAGGCACUGGAGGCAUUAAGCCUUGUGUCUCGGCCUUUGGCGGCGACCAGUUCUCGCUGCCCGCCCAGAGUCUCGAGCUGGCCAAGUUCUUCUCGCUUUUCUACUUCGCCAUCAACGCCGGCUCGAUGAUCUCCACGACAGUGACCCCCAUCCUGCGGGCGGACAUCCACUGCUUUGGUGAGCAGGACUGCUUCUCCCUGGCCUUUGGCGUCCCCGCCGUCCUCAUGAUCGUCUCGGUGCUAGUCUUUGUGGCCGGAAGGCGCCUCUACCGCUGCCAGCCCCCGGCUGGUAACAUGAUCUUUGGGGUCUCCAAGUGCAUCGCCGACGCCUUCAGGGGCUGGUGCAAGCGCAGCAAGUCCGAGCCGGAAAAGAGCUUCCUGGACUACGCCAUACCGACCGUGGGACCCAAGCUGGUGGAGGAGACCAAGUGCCUGGCCCGAAUCCUACGGCUUUACCUACCCUUCCCCGUGUUCUGGGCGCUGUUCGACCAGCAGGGCUCCCGCUGGACCUUCCAGGCCACCCGUAUGGACGGCAAUGUGCUGGGCUACCACAUCAAGCCCGACCAGAUGCAGGUGGUCAACCCGCUCCUGAUCCUGGCCUUCAUACCGCUCUUCGACUACAUAGUCUACCCGCUGCUUCGCACCAUCGGCAUCCGGCGCCCGCUGCAGAAGCUCACCAUUGGCCUGCUGCUGGCCGCACUCGGCUUCUUCUUCUCCGCUGCCCUGGAGAUGAAGAUGGAGCAGGCGGCCUUCGCCACUGCGCCUGCGGAACAGAACACCGGUCACUUGCGCCUCUACAACGGGAUGCCCUGCAAGUACGAGUUCACCUCCGGCCUGGGAGCGUCGCCGGAGCAGCUGCCGCGGGCCAUCGAACCUCUGGGCAUGUGGGCGGAUCUGUCGCUGUUCGUUCCAGAGGCCAGGGAGUACGACUUCAAGGCCCAGGCCACCUCUGGGAAGUGCCCCGAGAUCACUGGCAACUUGCGGCUGCGCCCUGGAAAGUCGGUCAGCUACUUCCUGGCUGGAGACAAGCUCUCGGAGUUCAGCGACGGCCUGGAGAUGCCGCCGAGUGCCAGCAGCCCGCCCCUGGUGAGGGCUCUGCUCAAUACGCCCUCCGACGAGGGCUCCGUGCUUCUCAGGGCCAUGGGCUCAGGCCCCGAGCCACUCAUUCCAAUCAACCGGAACUUGUCGCAGCUCUACAAGAUCAGUCCCGGCUACGGCGAGGUGGAGAUCAACGGCAACAAGGCAGCCAGCUUCGAGACGAGGGAGGGCGGCCUCUACAGCCUGGUGGUGGAGGGAAACGCCAACGAUGGCUACCAAUACAACCUACUCGAGGUGGUGGCACCCAGCGCCGUGUCCAUCCUGUGGCAGCUGCCCCAGAUCGUGGUGAUGACGGCGGCGGAGAUCAUGUUCUCGGUGACCGGACUAGAGUUCUCCUUCACCCAGGCGCCGCCCAGCAUGAAGAGCGUCCUGCAGGCCUGCUGGCUCCUCUCGGUGGCCAUCGGCAACAUGAUAGUGGUGGUCAUCGCCGAGUUUAAGUUCACCAGCUCCCAGUCCGGCGAGUUUGCCCUCUUCGCCUGCCUCAUGCUGGUCGACAUGGUGAUCUUCCUGUGGCUGGCUCGCAGCUACCAGUACAAGAAUCUCAGCGAGGAACCCGAAGAGUACUCUACUACCAGCGAAGCGCCGCCAGCGCCCAAGCCGCAAUCCAUUCUCCGGGAAACAAGAUCACCGGCCAACCGCCGCGCUUCUAGAGGAAAGCCUUCGCCACGCCCGCCCGGCGGCAUGGAGGCGGAGCUGGGAUACGGAGCCUAUCGUAACCAUGCCUACGACAACGACUUUUCCGAGGCCUGAGUGUGGACCGCAUCACCCGCAUCCGUACUUACGCAUCCCCACCACGUCCGCCCCUAUUUGCAUUUAGUAUUAGGCGCCCCUGUAUUUAUUUUAUUUGUUCGCAUUUAAUGUAUAGUCUCUGAUUAUGUACGUCUAUACGGUUGCCCUUUUUUAUCAAAUUGUUUGUAAAUACUUUUUAUACGCCGAUCCGAGCCACUCGGUUUUUAAAUUAAAUUAUCUCGAAUAAUACUUAAAUAACUAGAAUUGUAAUUUAAAAAAAAACUACAAUUGUAUUCUAAA